AUGGCGUCCUUCGCGUCUCUGCCCGCCAAGGGCCUGCCCCCGAAGCCUCCAGACAAGGGAAGCUUCCCACUCGACCACUUCCGAGAGUGCUCGGAGCUCAAGUCGGAGUACAUGGGCUGCCUGAAGCAGCACAGCAUGCAGGCCCGCCGCCCGGCUCGCUGCAGCUGCGCGCCUCCGCCCACACCUGCGACCCACGCCGCGCGCCGCAGAUUGACGCAUGCCGGGACCUGUCGGCGUCCUACCUGCAGUGCCGGAUGGACAGGAAGCUCAUGGCGCCGGAGGAGCUCGAGCGGCGCGCUCGCCGCGCUGCCCAGAGCGCCCCGCCGCGCGCGGUUCAACACGCCGCCCCCGCGCCGGCAGGUUGGGGUUCGCCAAGAAGGAGGCGGCGGUGGCGGUGGGCGAGGGAGACCAGCCCGUGCAGAUCGAGGAGAAGAAGAGAGCGGGCUUCGUGGCGGGUAUGUCCAAGGCAAAUAA